AUGGCCGGCGGCGUAAUUAUCACGAAGGGCGGCAAGGCCUACCCCGGAAAACUCACCGGCAAAGUGUUCAUCACAUGUUUGGUUGCCGCCAUGGGAGGUCUCAUCUUCGGCUACGACAUUGGUAUCUCAGCAGGCGGGGUGACGUCGAUGCCCUCGUUCUUGAAGAAAUUCUUCCCGCACGUGUACGAGAAGGAGGAGAACAUGGUCCCCGGCACAAACUCCUACUGCAAGUUCGAUGAUGCCACGUUGACGCUCUUCACGUCGUCCCUCUAUCUGGCGGCCCUCGUCGCCUCCUUAUUCGCAUCGCACGUGACCCGACUGCUCGGCCGCAAGUGCUCCAUGCUUCUGGGAGGCUCCCUUUUCCUUACCGGCGCUGUCCUCAACGGCUUCGCACAAAACGUCGCCAUGCUUAUCUUCGGCAGGAUUUUCCUAGGCUUCGGCAUCGGUUUCGCUAAUCAGUCGGCGCCAGUCUACCUCUCGGAGAUGGCCCCAUACCGCUACCGUGGGGCCCUCAACAUGUGCUUCCAGCUCUUCAUAACCCUCGGCAUCCUCGCCGCCAACCUCAUCAACUACUGGACCGCCAAGUCAGAGUCCGGCUGGCGGGUCAGCCUCGGCUGCGCAGCUGCCCCAGCCCUCCUCUUCAUCGUCGGCUCCCUAUUCCUCCCGGACACACCCAACUCUUUAAUCGAGCGCGGCCACUCGGACCGCGCCCUCGCCAUGCUCCGCAAGGUCCGCGGCAUGGACGACGUGCUCGACGAAUUCAACGACCUCGUUGCCGCCGCCAGCGUGGCGGCUUCUUCGACCGGUCAGAGCCGCCGCCCGUGGACGGAGCUCCUGUCGAGGAAGCACCGGCCCCACCUGACGAUGGUGACGGCCAUCCCUUUCUUCCAGCAGCUGACGGGUAUGAACGUGUUCAUGUUCUACGCGCCCGUUCUCUUCCGGACCAUUGGCUUCGGGAGCAACGCGUCCCUCAUGUCGGCCGUGAUCACGGGGAUCGUCAACAGCGCCGCCACGUUGGUCUCGAUUCUCACGGUGGAUAGGUUCGGGAGGCGGGUGCUGUUCGUCGAGGGUGGGCUACAGAUGCUCGUCUGCCAGGUGGUGAUAACGGCAUGCAUCGGGGGGAAGUUUGGGGUGGACGGAGACCCGGGGGAGCUGCCCAAGUGGUACGCGGGGCUCGUGGUGGUGGCGAUAUGCCUGUACGUGGCGGCGUUCGCAUGGUCGUGGGGACCGCUGGGGUGGCUGGUGCCGAGCGAGGUGCUGCCGUUGGAGGUGAGGUCGGCGGGGCAGAGCGUGAACGUGGCGGUCAACAUGAUUUUUACAUUUUUCGUGGCGGAGAUGUUUUUGAAGAUGCUGUGCGUGAUGAAGUUUGGGCUGUUUGUGUUCUUUUCGGUUUUUGUGAUGGCGAUGACGGUGUUCGUGUGGAAGUUUGUGCCGGAGACGAAGGGGAUACCGAUCGAGGAUAUGUCGGGGAUUUGGAGGGAGCAUUGGUAUUGGAAGAGAUUUGUGGAGGAAGGUGAUGGUGAUGGCAAUAAGGUUGAGGAUGGAGUGCAAAUGAAUAAAUUUGGCGAUGCUUGA